AUGACCUUCUCAGACAUGGCAAUGGAUAGCUCCGGAAGGACACCAACCAGUGUUACGCAGAGAGAACCCCGCGCCAUGAAUUAUAUCCAGGUCUCGGACAAAUUACUUACAUUUGCGGAUGAUACGGAUGUCUCGUCGAUCCUGGAAGAGCUUGAGGCGAAGCGUCAACAGCUUGAUGAGCAAGUGGUCUCUUUCAUAACCGAUGUGCAACGAAGCUUCGACCAAUUCUCCGAGAAUCUGCUAAAGCAGCGCUUAUCCGCCCAACAAUCCUGUCGUGAAGUGGUAGUUCAACCAGAACUUGACACUACUAAGUUAUUAGCAAGUGAGGAACCACAACAAGAAGUACGCGAUGUGCCUCACAGAGCCCCAGUUGAUACAUCCCAACGACGACCCGGUUCUUCCCCUGUACAACAUUUUCACGACCGAGCGAUUCACGACGAUCGUUCUCCACACGACGAUCGAGAAAUGGAGUUAGCCGGUUUCUUCACUCCGCAUUUCCUUCCGCUCCUCGAAGCAACCCGCAGCAAUUCGUCGCCAGAGGUACCGACGACGAAACAUAUCGAUGAAAUUUUGAAGGUCAAUCCUUCGAAGCUCGAAAGAUCUGUGUCUGUUCCGAUAGCGAAUCCUCUGCUCACUCGCAAGUCAGCACUACGGAACGGACGGUCAUCGAAAAAUAAGAGAAAACGAGUGUCCCUCAGCAUUGAUGAUAGCAUUGUACGGCCGUCGGAUGAACCGCAGAACGACACUCCAGUCACGCCAACAGACGACGAUGAGGGCUCAGCAGCACCAAAUAUGGCCAUCACGGACAAGGACGGUUCUUCUGUGUACGUCUGGGUUCCUGAGAAAGCACGUCUUCCACUCUCAGACGAAGAUCCUAUCGACUACGUCAUUGCAGUGGGUGGCGUUCUUCACGAAGAUGCCUCUGACCUGUCUUUCUCAACGACCAUUCUGAAGGAUGCCCCAAAGACAUCAUCUCCAGUGAUUUCACCACAACACUUCGAUUGGUCACCCAUAACAGAGCGUAAGGAAUUUGUCUCAGAUGCAGAUAUGUACUUAGUCGGCCCCCCAAAAAAAUCUACGUUUUCGCCAUUGCCUGCCCCAUCUUCCCUAGCGAUUCGCCAGGUCCCAGCCUACACGGACAGUUUCAGCACAUCUGUCAACCAGGUCUUCAGCCCAGUCUUUGCAACCGAUCCGAAAUACGAGGUAGCAGGUGGGCUGCCCAAAAGCAGCGAAGGCCCACCUAGUUCAUACGUUGGGGGCAUCAGUGGAAGUGGUGUCGAUGCGAUGGAUACAGGCAGUGUUGGUUACCCGAGUAGCUUAGGGGCGAGCUAUAUGGAACAAUUUGCUGCGCAGAGGUUGUCAGGCAGUCAGAAUCUGUCAGGGAUAGACCGAGGAGACCGAGAUGGGACUGAGAAAGACAAGAAGAAAAAGAGAAAAGUGGUCAAAGAUGCGAGACCCGAGGAGAGAAUCGCUGAUAGCGAGGAAUUUUUGGGCGAGAUGGAAGGAAUAUAG